AUGACUGACAAUAGUGUUGAAUCGAAAACACUGACUAAAGCAUCGAAUGAAUCCAAACCUUCGUCUAGCCGACGUUCACGUGCGCAAGCUUCACAAAAUCUAGCCUCAUCUGUCGCACCCACCUCUGAUCAAGAUUUGCAAAUUUACAUACAAGAUAUACCAACCAAUUUUCCAGAAGAUGAGCUUGAGGUAUUGAUUAAAACCCGUAUCGAAGCUACCCAACGUUUAAAAAUUAAUGAUAUUAAAUGCUACUUAAAACUUGGUAUAGCUGUAAUUCGAUUAAUGAAUGAAGAGGACAAAUCACAUCUUAUUUCUACUGUUGAAUCCAUGGUUCUUGAUCCAAAAACUAACACAAGCAUAACAUUUGUCAACGAAGUCGACCUUAAUUCUUAUGUAGUCGUCGAUCGAAAUGUACCGGAAAUUCCUUCUACCGAUGAUGUAUCUUUUCGUUAUAUACAAUCGUUUAAGACAUCCGAACCUCGUCCAUGUAAACCGAUAUCAAUCCAAUUUCCAAACAUAUUUUGUAUAUCAUCACCAACACUAGAAGAACUUGCCAAAGUGGCUAAUGCACCAGAGUUUAAAAUCAACACUGUUUUUGCUGUUGUUUAUCCACGUGCUGAUUGUAAUUUUUUUGAAGAUUUGCCGCCAAAUACUAAUGAUGACAAGCUUUCAUCAGCCAUUGCAGCUCAAAUCGAAGAAACAAAACUCGCCCCAACAUCCUUUUACGUACAGUAUAAUAAAGAGACAGGUAAUGCAAUUGUCUUGGCAACAAAGUCUAACAAAAAAUGGAUGAAGCAAAAUUUCUUAACAAUCGAAGGACGAAAUAUUCCGAAAAAGAUUAAACUUGCUUAUCGAGUUGUUGUUUCUCCUGUACCUCCUGAUUUUGAUAUUGAUCUUAUCCUUAAUCACAAAUUAUUUACAUAUCGAAUAGUGAGACAUAGUCAUAUCAAAGAUCGUCUCAUUAUAGAACUCGAUGAUAUGAAGAACUAUGAAAAAUGCCUAGAUAUUGGAGCCCUGCGCAUAGGAAAAGUGACCAUGAAUAUUACGCCACAUAGUAUUGCUAAUGACCAAGAUGCAAGUGAAAUUGAUGCUGAUAAUUGGUAUGAAACAAAGAUGCAUGAGAUAAAGCCUGAUAUAGUGACUAUCAUGAGUGAUCAUCAACAUCCAAUAUUUCGGUAUAAGUGGAAUGCAGAAAAUUGGCUUGAACAAAUGAAAAAGUUGGAUGCGACAGAUCGACAUUUAAGAAAAUAUGAUCUCGAUCGACAUUUAUUACGAGUUACAGUUAUGUUGAAUACAAUUGGUGUUCUUCGAAAGAAAAAAUACAUUGUAGGCGAUGAAGAAGUCACAUUAAAACUUCAACAACUGCAAACAAUUUGCUAUAAUCAUAGAUCAAAAUUAUUCGAUGGAAAAACAAUAUCUGAAACAGAAUUGAAGAAGACACCAUAUUCAUCGACAAGUGUUACCGUAUCUAAUGAAGAUUGUCUUGUUCUUUAUGAGAAAUUAGUCAGCGAAAGAUAUCGACCUUUAUUAUUGAAUAUGGCUAGUGCAACUAGUCCAGGAGGUGGAUAUAGAAAAGGAGAUGGAGCACAAGAAGAAAAUCUUUUUCGUCGUUCAGAUUAUUAUCAAAGUCUUGACCUUGAAAUAGCUGAUAACGAUCGAUCAGAACGACGUUACUGUACAUCAAAAUGUGACAUAAAACGAGCAACUGGUAUUUUCGAGUUGUAUCCAAUGGAAGAAUUUGGAGCUAUUUACACAUCUGGUAUAACUGUAUUUCGUGGAACAGAAGCUAAAGGUUAUCCUUAUAUGAAAAAUCCUUUAUAUAACGUUUGUUCUAUUGCUAUGGCUGCCUAUCGAGAACCACCAUUAACUAAAAAGAAUAUGUUAGAAAAUAAAUUUUCAACAAAUACAUACAAAAAAAUCGAAAAUAUAUUUGCCAUAGGUUAUCAACGUAACCAUAAUUGUUUAGUAUUAUCAGCUCUUGGUUGUGGAGCUUUCAAAAAUCCACCUGAACAUGUUGCUUUACUCUUCAAAUCAAUUAUUUAUCAAUAUGCCGGAUAUUUUGAAAAGAUUUAUUUUGCUAUUAUUGAUGAUCAUAAUACAGGCAAUCGAAUUAAUCCAAGAGGAAAUUUUAUUCCAUUUAAAGAGGUACUCGAUGGUUUAAUUGUAUAUCCACCAAAAACAAUCCGUGUCAAUGGAGCUAGUGGACCAUAUCGAAUUCUACAGAAAUCAGCAGAUGGAACAAUAGCUCUAAGUGAUUCAUAUAUUCAAAAUCUUCCUCCUUGCCAUCAUGCUACUCAAUGUCGUGAUAUAAAAAAUAAUCAGCAUAAUACUAAUUUUUCUCAUCCGCCUGUUUGUUUACAUCAACAGACAAACUUGACGUGUGACCAAGUGGAUGAUGAAGUUCAUAUGUUUACAUUUUUUCAUAGAAUAAAAUGUAAACAUGGUGGUGAAUGUACAAGUAAAGAUCCAGAUCAUUUGAAUGAUUUUAUUCAUCCGGAAUUUUGUGAGAAUAAAUCUAAUUGUAUGGAUGUUAGUUCCGAACAUUUAUAUGCUUGUCGACAUUUACCUAUUUGUCGAGAUGGAGUUACUUGUUUGGAAUAUCAAAAAAAAGAACCUGAACAUUUAAAUGCUUAUCGACAUUGCAAAACGGUUUGUCCAAAUGAUAAUUGUUGUCCAAAAUUUUAUAAUAAAGAACAUAUUAAAAAUACAAUUCAUUCAUUUCAAGAGCCAUGUCCCUUUACACCAUACAAUUGUUCAAUGUUUGUUCAAUAUCUUCACGCUGCUGGAAAAAAAAUACCUUCCGAGGUCGAAAGUCAUUGUUUUACACAUUCUCAUGUUUGUCAAUUUGGUCGUCUAUGUAAGACAACAGAUGGUGGACAUUACGGAACAUCAAUUCACAUCGCUCGAAAACGUUGUCCUGAUCUUGAUAAAUGUUCAAGAAUUGGUGAUGAAAAUCAUUUAGAAUCAUUUACUCAUCCAGGUAUUCGAGAUAUUCGUCUCUUGUGUCGUAAUCCAGGAUAUCAAUGCCCAAUGCGAUUCGAUGAUAAACAUUUAAGAACAUACCGACAUGCAAGAGAUUUCAAUCAUCUUAGUGUUGCUCCGCCUAGAAAUCUUAAUGCUUCGAUCAAUUUCUUUCAUAAUCAAGGUAAUAUAAUAAAAACAGUGAAUAGUUAUGUUGACGUGUCGAACUGGAAAAAAGCAAAGGUUUCGGAAGAUAUACUCAAUUGGAUACGAGCUUUGCAACCUGUUCAUCGAUGUGGACCACAAAUAUUUGCAUCGAUUCUGGUUCAUGGUCAUGUUAUGAGUCGAGACUAUAUGAGUGAAUUAAUAAAGCCAAGAUGCGUUACCAAUGCAGUCAUGCAACAUAGUCAAAUUCGUUCAAUUUUUCGUCGAUAUAAUGCUCCUUCAGUGAAACAACAUACAAAAGAUCUCAUUAAACUUUUGGUUCGCAGUGAAUUUUUAAAGGCAGGAUCUGCUGAAGUCCCUUCAUUAGAUGCUGAUCAUGGCAAUCAAGUUAAUAUUAUUCAAAAAAUGUUACAACCACCACUUGACAAAAACGAUCUUCAAGCUAUUCAUGAUCGAACAGCUAAAAUAGUUGUGGCAUCAAUUGAAUUAAGUACUCAUCUAGCUGGUAUCGGAUUUGAUGUCGAUAAAAAAUUAGGAACAGAUAAACAUGUCUUUAGUAUAUUAGGACCACAUUGUGGUACUUAUUAUGGUGAUAUUGUUAUUACAUUUAAACAAGAAUUAAUGUUUCAUCCUGACGCUAAUUUUUCCUUUCAAGCCGGAACUAGUUUUCAUAGUGGACGAGUUUACUCUUUUCGUCCAUGGUGGACAGAUCCAACCAGUGAAGAUGAACGCAUUGAACAUUUUCAUCAUUCAAAAUUACAUUGUUCAUAUCCUCGAUAUGAAUAUGCAGCAGCUGCAGAAUUAGUUGCAUGUACUGGUAAAACCAAACAAACGAUGGAUGUUGAUCUUGACAGUAUUAUUCGACAAUGGAAUCAAGUUGAUUCUCACUAUGUAUUCGAAGGACAUUUACCACCACUUAUUCCAUUGGAUUAUAUUGAAAAUGUUUAUAUACCAAAAAAUCUUUUUGAAUCAUUACCCAAAGAAGCUCAAAUAUCAGCUAAGAAAAUCUUUCAGGAAUCAUUGAUUCGAGCUGAAUAUGAUGUCGAUCUUAGUUUAAUUAAACCAGGUACUACAAUUCCAUUGGAUCCAACACGUCGACCUUAUUUAAAAUAUAUACUUGAGAAACUUAGUCAAAAGAUAGACGAGAGAAUAAAAACACCACAUAUUUCACGAGGUUUUGUCAUAACAAUUCCAGGAACAAGAUUUGUAAAGCAUAUUGUUUUACCAAUGACAAUAACUCAAUCAUAUAAUUUAUAUUGUCUUAAUAGAGGUCAACCAGCAACCAAUAUUGAAUCAACUUAUAUAUAUUGGCAAGCAAUGGAUGGUGAUAUGAUGUUAACUAUAACUAAUGAAAAAAUUGAUCCUGAUGGUAAAGAUCAACCUAAUCUUCAAUGUCUUAUUUGUUAUGUUGCUGGAAAACCAUCGACAACUACAGAAGACUAUCGUGAAGAAUAUUCUUAUUUGAAUAUUGAUAGUCCAUAUCAUCAUUCACAUAACGUCCAUUCGGUUAAUUUUAAGGCUAAAUCAAAUUGCUUUUAUCGUGGUUGUAAUACAGAUGAUUUCUUUACUUUUUGUUUAAAAAUAAUUUACAAAACAGGUGAAAUUUCAUUAACACAUGCUGGUCCUAAUGGAAUCUAUAAUCAUGAAAAUAUUCAUUGUCAAUUCAAAAAAUCAGAUGUUGAUUUGUUAAAACUAAAGUAUAUUCAUAUUAGUGCCGGAGAUCAAGAUGUUCCCAUACGAAAUUUAACCAUUAAUCAUGAACCAGUUAAAGAAUUACAUCCAACUUUUGAUAAAGAAUUUAAGUUAGACACGUCGGCAUUGAUAAAAGAGCAUCGAGCAUCAUUUCAUGAUGUUGGUAGCAUGGAUCAUAAAGUCAAAGUUUUACAUACUCCUGAUGUUACCUCAAAGCCUCCUAUGAAACGAGCGGCAUCUACAACUGAUUUAAGAAAGAAAGCAGUUGAUCCAACACCAAUAGAAAUACCAAAACCAGAUAAAAGGGGUUUUUUAGGAAGAUUAAAAUACGUCUUUUUCGGUCCGACUAAACAUGACGACGACCCCCGAAUCCAAUCAUCCCCAUCCGAAUUGCACGAAGAUUAUAUACCGAAAUCCGAUUCUUCGUCAUACAAUCCAUCAAAAUUGGAAUCUCCUCCACCGAAACCACGAAAAUCCCAUUCUUCUCCAUCAAAACCAUCGAAACCUGAUUCAUCUGGAUCAAAACCAUUAAAAGCAAAUCCACCACCGUUGAUUUCAUCGACAUUGCCUCCUUGUCAAGAUUCUAUCUAUUGUCUCCUUCACAAUGACAAAGAUCAUAUUGAUAAACAUUCUCAUCCUUGUCGUUUUAAUGAAUUGUGCCGAAAUCCAUCGAGCGAACCUCAUCUUAUUCACAAGCGACUUGAUAUUUCGAUGUGUUUAGAAGAUCGAAGUUGUUCCGAAAGAUCAAAUCCUGUCCAUCGCGCAGAAUAUCGUCAUUCAGGUUUACCUGAUUAUUUACUUCCAUGUCGUUUUCAAGAAACCUGUUAUGACAAAACUCCUGAUCAUCGGAUGAAAUAUUUCCAUGGCGAAAAAAUACCUUUAAUAAAGAAAAUUAGUACAUCAGCAAGUCUACGUGCCGCUGUUGCAUUGAAAGUUAAAUUAACUCCAUGUAAAUUUGGAAAUGAAUGUCGAUCUAUGAAAAAUCCUGAACACACAGCAAGGUUUUCUCAUCCUUUAUCUUGA